GCCAUAAAACCGAUUGGAUAAAAUGUGGAAUACGCCUUCCCACCAGUCAUUAGCACAUGUCAUUGGCUGUAUACGUUCUAUGUUUUCCCGUCCUCCAGCAGACAGUCGCAAGCGUGUCUGUUUUUUUUAGAAGGGAAGGGUGUUAUGAUAGUAAACGUAUUGUUUUACCACUGAAUUUAUUUACUAACUCUCACUUUCACAAUUGGGAAGUUAAAUGGAAAACAGAGUAACUGAGAUGUCCAACAUAGUGCAGAAAUCGUUCACAUUCGAAGAAUACGAGGACCCAAAGCAGUCACUGAAUGUUUCCAUCCCUGAGGUCCUUGAUCCACAAUAUGGGAUGCAUGUAUGGCCCUGUGCAGUAGUAUUAGCACAAUAUGUGUGGACACAUAGGGAAGAGCUGACGCACAAAACAGUGCUAGAGCUUGGGGCUGGCGUGAGUUUACCUGGUGUGGUGGCAGCAAAGUGUGGGGCACAAGUGAUCUUGUCAGACAGUGCAGAACUUCCACUGUGUCUGGAGAACUGUAGGCGCACCUGUGAAGUGAAUGAACUGCCCAAUGUGCUUGUGGUGGGUAUUACCUGGGGAGAAGUUUCCCCAGACCUUCUGCUCCUCCCUCCAUUAGACAUCAUCUUGGGAUCAGAUGUUUUCUAUGAGCCCGAAGAUUUUGAAAAUGUCCUGGUGACCAUCUCCUUCCUCUUGAGGAAAAACCCCAAGGCCCAAUUUUGGACAACUUACCAAGAGAGAAGUGCCGAUUGGUCCAUAGAGGCAUUGCUGCACAAAUGGAACCUGAAGUGUCUCAACAUUCCACUGGAGAAAUUCCAUGCCAACAAAGAUCAACUAGCUGGGUCAACACUUCCUGGAAGCCAUACUGUACAAAUGAUUAUAACUGAGGACAAGGAAAGCUGAAUGUUUAAGUUGUAUAGUAGUGUUCUGUUAAAGUUUUUGAAUAAAUUGAUAACCCAAA